AUGAGAGAUCCAUCCUCUACACCGUGCAAAAUAUGUUUCGAUCUAAACGAAACCAUCAUCCGUGAAAAAUGUGACGCAGAGGGGUUUUACACACACUGCCUACAAGAACUCGUUCAAUCUGCGAAGCAAUGCUCAACAUGUAGCCUCAUUAUGAAGGCAUGCAAACACUGCCAUCCAGAAGCUGCUGAGAAUCCAGCUAUCUAUACCCUGAGUUUCGCGGCCGACAAGAAGUUGUCGAGUGAAAGUCUAUCUUUGGGCAUCUGGCCUACUGAAGGCGUGGCAGAUAUGACUCACACAACAUCUCGAAAGGUGAACAUUUACGCAAAACCGGGAGAGCCGUGCCCUUGGCCGCUUUUUAAACCGUGGUCAGGUGUCCCCAAGGAUAGAGAUCAUCUCGCUAAGCAAAUCUUGGGCUGGGUAAACGAUUGUGAGCGAGAUCACAAAGAUUGCCGAGUGUCGCAUGCGUCGAUACUCCCAAAGAGAGUUGUUCAAGCUGUAUCGGACGUGAGAGGAGCUUCCAAAGUUCGUCUUGUUGAACCUGAACCACUCACAGAGAGUCGCUAUGCGUGUCUUAGCCACUGCUGGGGGAAGACUCAAAUCUUGCGGACUGUGUCUGACAAUAUCGAGAGACUCAGAGAUGAAAUUCCAUGGAACUCCUUGUCUCGCACAUUCCAAGAUGCGAUCAAGUUCAGUCGCGAGAUUGGCAUAGAAUAUAUUUGGAUUGAUUCUCUAUGCAUCAUCCAAGAUUCUGCGAGUGAUUGGGAGAGCGAAGCAGCAAAGAUGGCAGAUUAUUAUGCCAACUGCCACAUCACCCUAGCGGCAACAGCUUCGAUAGAUGGGAGUAUUGGAUUCUUCCCAAAACUACCUGAACAUGACGAGCCAUUGGAAAUUCAAGGCAUACAUCAUGGCCAACGUUAUCACCUGAUCGCGGAAACAGGAAUCUCGCAUCCAUAUGAAGUGCAACCAGAUUCAUUACUCACGCCAGAAUUCCCUUUGAUGACUCGCGGUUGGGUAUACCAAGAGCAAAUACUGUCCCGUCGCUAUGUCCAUUUCUGCGCCAAAGAAGUUGUCUGGGAUUGUCGAUCUCAGACCCUCUGUCAGUGUGAGUCAAGAUAUGAAAACACACAUUGGGAUCUCUUCCGUACAAACUCGAGCAGGAGUAUCAUGCGCAAUGAUGUCAAGAGUGGAAGCGCAACUAAGCAGCGGGAGCUUUGGCACGACAAUAUCAUGAGUAUGAUGGAACUAGAGUUUACCUACCUGAGCGACCGGCUACCAGCAAUGGCUGGGAUUGUAUCUCAGUUUGCUGAACUAUUCAACACGAGGUAUCUUGCAGGGUUAUGGGAGGCUACUUUCAUUAUCGACAGCUGCUGGUUUAUGGACGAGUUUAGUCGCCGACCCAAAGAGCUGAGAAGCCUUCCAUCGUGGUCGUGGGCAUCCGUUACUGGAGGAAUCGAUGUCACUUGGUGCCAGCGACCCUUGACAGACGAUACCGUCAACAUCUUCUCCAAAGUUCUACAUAUAGAUUGUGUAUCUGAGGGUCCCCUUUAUCUCGGGCGUCUUAGCAAGAGUCUUGUCACGCUGGAGGGACCGUCUGUGAGUGCGACUAUCAGAGUCUGUACUAACGACGAACCCAAUCCUUCUCCCGAGAAACUCUUUAAUCUUCGUUUUAAACCCAUCGGCGACGAUCUAGGAGAAUCAUCAAUCUCUGGCUGGUCUUUCAGCCCAGAUGCACCAAACACUGAGACCAACAUCUGUGAUAAUGGAGACUUGAGGGUUAUCAAGAUGAUGGCGGGGCAUUUAAAAAGGACGGGGAAAGAAUGGGCGAUUUUUCUUGUGGUGCAAAAGGUGGAAAACCAAGAUAAUUGGGAGAGGAUUGGGCUACUAUUUGGUAACAGUCUAAGACAGAAGCAAGGGACCAGAAAAGUUUCCUUUUUGGAGUGGUUCGAAAGCGCCGCUCAAGAGCAAACGGUACAGAUCCAGUAA